AGAAAAAAGUAACUUCUAUUUAAUUCAAAUUAUGUUUACUAUUCUACGUAAAAUCAAACCAAAUCAUUUGAAGCCUAUAAGCUCUUUUGGUUACAAUAGGCUCCUUUCAUCAUUCAUUACAGAGAGUCAAAGAAUCGAGCCUUCUAUCCAAACUUUUACAGUAGGAACUGAAAAUGGCUUUCUUCCUACACAGGAUCCAUUAGUUGAACUACCUAAAGAAUUUAAUAAAUUAGAAUCUCUUUUACAACGUAUGCCAAUGCAACUAGUAGAUGGCUCUCCUGGCUUAUUAGCAAGUGGCCAAUUCGGUGAUGCUAUUAGAGAUGAGCUUCCUUUAUAUGAAAUAGAUCAUAUCACAGAUCAACGUCUUUUAUCUGCUUUAUUUCGUGAUUAUACCUUUGCUGCAUCUGCUUAUUUACUUGAACCUUGUGAUAUUCUUUAUCGUAUUAAAAGCGACUAUGGAUUAGGAAGAAAAGUUUUACCUAUGAAUAUUGCUGUUCCAUUAACCAAAAUUGCUAAAAAGAUUCAUAGUCAACCUUUUAUGGAAUAUGCUUUAAGUUAUGCUUUAUACAACUAUAAACGUUUAAAUCCUUUAGGUGGUCUUACAUAUGAUAAUUUGGCUUUAAUUCGUUCAUUUGCUGGAACAGAAUCAGAGAAGGGCUUUAUUUUAAACCAUGUAACAAUGGUUUCUUAUUCACCUAAGCUUGUACGUUACGCUACAGGUGCUUUGAAAGCUGUUGAAAUGAAAGAUAGAGCCAAUUUUAAUAUGCAAAUGGUUGGUUUAAAUGAAACUUAUGAAUCUAUUAACAAAGAAAUGGAGAUGAUGUGGUCUCGUAGUAUGCCUGAAGAUUAUAUUAAGUUUAGAACUUUUAUUAUGGGGACCAAAAACCAACCCAUGUUCCCUGAUGGUGUUAUUUAUGAAGGUGUAAGCGAUAACCCUAUUGUACAUCGUGGUGAAUCAGGCGCAAAUGAUUCUAUGGUCCCCCUGGGGGAUAACUUAUUUCAAAUUACUGAGCUCAUGCCCGAGAAUCCUUUAACAAAGGUCUUGCGUGACUUUAGAUCCUAUCGACCUACUAAUCAUCGCGAAUUUUUAGAAUACGUUCAAGAUAAAGCUAUCAAAUUGGGCCUCCGAGAUUUUGCUUUACAAGAUCCUAACUCGGCUGCUAUUUAUUUAUCAAAUAUUGAUCAAAUUCGAGCCUUUCGUCAUCGGCAUUGGAACUUUACGAAAGAAUAUAUCAUUAAGCAUACAUCACAUCCUGUAGCUACUGGUGGCUCUCCUAUUGUAACUUGGUUACCUAAUCAACUUGGUACCGUUUUGAACUUGUUAAAUGAAGUUAGUAGUCAAAUUGACAAAUCUCAACUCACAGAAAGUAAUUUGAUUCGAGUUGAAGAAAUUGCUAGACGUGCUGAAGCUCAAAAGAGAUUCCUCGAUCGUGAGGUUGCCAGCUUGAAGAUGAAAUUCGAAAAUCAAGAUCGUACUUGAAUUGAUUAUUCUAUGAUAUUAUAAUAUUUAUAUAUGUGCCCCCCUUUUUUUCUUUUUUCUUUUUUUCUUUUUUUUUACUCUUUAUUGUAGCUUAAUAUUGAACUAUACAAUUAAAUAGUAUAUUGUCGUUGGAACUAUUGUAUAUGCAAAUAAAC